UCGGAAAACAAACAAUUCACCUUCAUUGAAUUAUUAUAUCAACAAAGUUAACAGUCAAAAGAAUCAUGAAACUCAGGCGUUACAUCCACUUCAACAGUCUUCAGGAAUAUUUAGUCGUAAACAAGAAAUAAUUAUUAUGCCUAACCAUAGUACCAAAAAUAAUAAUAAUAAUAAUAGCAAUAAACUAUUGAAGGAUACAUUACCACAGUCAAGUGUCACACCAACCAGUCAACAGCAACAACAACAUUCACAGUUGUCAACAGUCUAUGCUAAAGAGAAGUCGAAUUCAAUUAAUGUUCAUUUCAGACAG